AUAGACUUAAUAAAAUAUUUUUAGCUUAAUAAUGGAUAGCCCUAAAAAACUUUCCUCUGAGACUAUGUUGUUAAAUCCAAUUAGUGCUGAUGUAUUGAAUGAUUUAACUUAUGUAACAGAAGAACAGCCAAAAAGUGUUAAUGAUACUAAUCUCAUCAUUGAAGACAACUAUGGAUGCAUAAAAGACGAUAAUGGUCAAAACGUCAGAGUGAUUAAAUAUACUUUAAAGAAUGAACAAAGAGUUGUUAUUGAAAUAAUUAAUUAUGGUGCUACUGUUAUUUCAUGCUGGGUACCAAAUGCACUGGGAGAACUAGAAGAUGUUUUACUUGGUUUUGACUCAAUUGAAGACUAUAGGUUACAGAAUACACACUCCAUUGGUGGUACAUUAGGCAGAGUAACAGAUUAUAUUAGCAAUGGUCGUCUUGAAAAUGACAAAGGUGAAAUUUAUGAACUUAUCAAAAAUCGUGAUGGUCAUCACUUCAAUGGUGGUGAAAAAGGAUUUGAUAAGGUCAUGUGGGAUGGUUAUGUGGCAGAUGGUGAACUGGUAUUAACGUAUUCAAGUAAAGAUGGUGAAGAAGGCUAUCCAGGAACAUUUCUAGCCCGGACAACAUUUCGGUUGACUUGCAAAAAUGAAUUGGUUGUAAACUAUGUAGGUAUGACAUCAAAAUCAACUCCAGUAAAUAUGGCCUCGAAUAUGUUCUUCAAUUUAGCUGGACAAAACACUGGAGAGUCUCAACUCAUGAAUCAUUCAAUAAUGGUCAAUGCUGAAGAAUACGUAGCAAUAAAAGUACCAGAACGAAGACCUGUUGGUUUGAUUAAAAAUGUACAACACACAUGUCUUGAUUUGCGUGUUCCAAGAUUAUUAAAAAAAGCUUUUCCUCUAGUUCCUGGUUUCGGAUACAAUCAUACGUUCAAAUUGUACAAAGGAAAAGAUCGAAAAGCAUUUAAUUUAGCAGCCAGUUUAGUACAUAAACAAAGUGGCCGCGUGUUGGAUAUUUACACCGAUAUGCCUUGUAUCUAUAUAAAUACUGCUCAAGAUUUUCCAAAUUAUGGUAAAUCGUUAUUCAAAGAAGAGGUUCUGAAAGUAACUAAUAUAGAAGCACCAAUAGCAAAAUUUGAUAAGUACGAAAGUGAACAAGAAAGUUUUAUGUCUGAAGAAUAUAAAUUUUCAAGUGACACAGAACUAAUAGAAGAAGAGCACAAUUUAGAUUAUGAGAUAAAAGAAUCUUCAACACAGGUUAAUGUCCAGGAAAUCAAGCCCCUUAAAGGCAAAUCGAAUACUAUAUAUAACAAACAUUCCGGAAUCUGCAUACGUCCACAACUAUUUCCAGAUGCUGUUGUACAUGUAAUCUUAUUGAUAAUUGUUAAUUUAUACAUGAACAAAAUUCAUUUUAAUAUUUGGAAAUGUUCUAGAAAAACUUCAACAGUAUUAUUCUUAAACCGUCAAAUAUGUAUAGCCAGCAAGUAAUUUAUAAAUUUGGAGUUAUUGCUUCAACAGAUUAAGAUGUUUGUCAAAAAAAUAAUAUAAUUUAUUGAAUUGAGAGUAACUUCAGAAAAUAAACAAAUCAACAAUGAUUAUAGGAAAUAACCAAGUGUAUAAAAUUAUAAAAAUAUAUGUGAAAGAAUGUACAAGUAACCGAGUUUACAUAAAUUAUAAAAAUACAUGUAUACAAAUGAAUGUACGUUUAUGUGAGGAAUUAGACUUGGAAACUACUGAACCAAUUAGCACAUUUUUUUUUUUUAGAGACUACAGUAUUUACAGCAACGUUUUUCAACUCCUGUAGGUGGUUCACAUAGAUGGCUCACACGUGCAUUUUGUUUUGACUCACAAAAAUCAUUUUUUUUUUUGUUUAUAUAACCAUGGGGUGGCUAUUGGCAUAGGCGGUGAUCGGGGGGCUUACGGGGACUUCCCCCCCCCCAAAAAAAAAUAAUUUUAAGUUCAAGCCCCCCUAAAAAUGUAAGAAACAAAGACAUACUUUACAGAUUACUGAAUGUUUUAGGGAUAAUUUAUUAUUAUUAUUAAAUAAAUACCUAAACUGUAAAAAAUAAGAAUUUUACAUCAAAUUUAUAAGUAAAUUUGUUUUUGUUUGGAUCCAAAAACUAUGUUUAAUAAUUAAUAAGGACUAGUAUCACACAUAAACGUACUAAACGCUGAACAUCAUACUAGGUAUAUCUACUUCUGAGUCAGUGGAUAUAGAAACUAUUUUAGCUAAAGAUUAUUUUAGAAUAAAUAUAUAUUUUAAAGUACUUGACUCUGUAAUGGUAAAUUUAAAAAAACGGUUUUCCAAUGAAAACUUGUCCUAUGCUGUUGGUGUUGAUGAAUUUAUUAAAUUAAAUUAUGAUGGAAGUACUCAGUUCAUUGAUCAUUAUAAGGUAUUUUGUAUAUUAUUUUAUAAAUAUUCAGUAGGUACUAAAUUAAUAUAUAAAAUUAUAAAUAAAAUGUUUACUCUAUAGGAUUUACAGGUUUUGAAUAUUUGUCAACUAAGUCUAAAGUCAGAAAUGAUGGUUGCUAAGAACUAUCUAGUUGAACCUGAAAUAGGCGAUAUUGAAGAUUUAAAAAAAAAUAUUUCACAUCAAGUCUUUCCUAAUUUUUGUAAAAUGCUCCAACUAGCUUUAACAUUGCCAAUUAGUGCAUACAUGCGAAAGAAGUUUUUCUGCUAUGAGGAAAAUUAAAACUUGGUUAAGGACAUCAAUACAAUAAAAAAAUUUAAUGAACUAUCAAUCUUAUACAUUGAAAAAGAUAAAACUAUAUCGUUACUAAAUGACACUAUUUUAAAUAUGUUUGAAAAAAAGUGUAAUAGGUUAAUACAAUUAAGUUAAAAAUGGCAAUUGUAUUUUAUUCAUUUUUUAUUUUUUGUGAGUAUUCUAAUUAGUAGGUAUAAUAAUGAGAAAUGUAAUCAUUUUAAUGAGUUAUUAAAUAUAAAAAAAGUGUUGGGGGUGUGGGGGCUUUGCCCCCACGGGUUUGUUUGCUACCAACUAUUUGAGCCCCCUCAAUAUUUCACAGGAUCUCCGCCUAUGGCCAUUGGUAACAGAAAUAUGAGACAUUCUAUAAUCUCAUAUUAUAUAAUAUUAUAUAAAUUAAUGAUUGUUUAUCCCUUAUACUCAAAAACAUUGAUUAUUAGCUAAUCAAAAUUAACAUC